CAACCCAGAUGAUGCUACCGCUGGAGCUGCUGAAGCGAUUCGCAUGAAAUGACACAAAAGAGGCGCAGAGAUGCCGGUUCGGUUCGGUUCGGUUCGGCGGAACACACUGAUGUAAAACCCUUGACAUGAGUGAAACCGACCGGAGCGACAGAUGAGGUUCAUGUGCCAUGAGUUUAUCCAGCUAACGCGGGCCUGAAGGAGAGGAUGUGGCCUUUAGCUGUCAAGCUAAAGUAGUAGAAGCCCAUCAGCUGCUCGCAUUUCAGUGAGAGAAAAUAAUGUAGCUGGAUCUGAAGACAGACGUUAGCGACAGCAUGAAUCUGAAGAAGUCUCGGAGUGUCGGAGCUGCUUCCCCGCGCAAUGGACUCGGAAAACAAGAUGCUGAGUCCAGACGGAAGAGGAAGGUGGCGGAGAUCACGCAGGCCCUGAACAGGACGCCGGUGGAUGUGGCCGCUCUGAGACGCAUGGCCAUCAGUGAAGGAGGUCUGCUGAGCGACGAGAUCCGCCGGCAGGUGUGGCCCAGACUGCUCAACGUGUCUGUAGAAAACAUACCUGAACAGCUGGAGCCGGUCGAUCGAGACAGUAACAAGGACUUCAACCAAGUGCUUCUAGAUGUUCAGAGAUCCCUCAGGCGCUUCCCUCCAGGGAUGCCAGACGAGCAGCGGGAAGGCCUUCAGGAAGAGCUGAUCAAUAUUAUUCUGCGGGUGCUGGUGAAAAACCCACAGCUGCACUAUUACCAGGGUUACCAUGACAUCGUGGUGACCUUCCUGCUGGUGCUGGAGGAACGACUCGCCACUGCCCUGGUGGAGAAACUCUCCACUCACCACCUCAGGGACUUUAUGGACCCCACUAUGGACAACACCAAACACAUCCUGAACUACCUGAUGCCCAUAAUCGAGAGGGUCAACCCUGAAGUGUACGACUUCAUGCAGCAAGCCGAGGUCGGCACCAUUUUCGCUCUCAGCUGGCUCAUCACCUGGUUCGGACAUGUACUGUCAGAUUUCCGUCAUGUGGUUCGGUUGUACGACUUCUUCCUGGCCUGCCAUCCCCUCAUGCCCAUCUACUUUGCUGCUGUGAUCGUGUUGCAUCGAGAGGAGGAGGUGUUGGACUGUGAGUGUGACAUGGCCAUGAUGCACCAUCUCCUGUCCCGUAUCCCAGAGGACCUGCCGUACGAGACGCUGAUCAGCCGCGCAGGAGAUCUGUUCGUUCAGUUCCCCCCGUCUGAGCUGGCCAGAGAGCGCAGUCAGCUGAUGGCUGUCUCCACCUUCAAAGACUUUGAGUUGGCGUCGACGCAGCAGCGUCCGGACACAGUGCUCCACCAGAGACGGAAAGAGCAGCAGCAGCGCACACUGGAGGCCCAGCGAGGAACCGUAGCAGUCGUCCAGCCCACGGCACGGCGCCUCAUGCGGCUGGCAGUCAUGGGAUUGACUGUGGCAUUGGGGGCUGCCGCUUUAGCCGUGGUAAACUCUGCCCUGGAAUGGGCUCCUAAACUAGACUUACUCUUCCCGUGAAGGAGCCAAUCAACAGCACAGAACCACAGCGUCUUGUUUUGAGGACUGAAUAUUGGUUACUUUGCCUUUUUUUGUUGUUUUUUUAGGUAUUUAUACUUGUGAACCGGUUAGACUAAUAAAUAAAAUAAUGUGUUCAUAGUUAUUGUAAUUAAACAAGCUGUUUCCCAUUGAAUGAGGUGCUGAGUCUGAAAUAUUCAGCAAAGCAGAGCUUCCACUUCCUCUAGUAGACGAUGAAAAUGUUUCCUGGAUCUACGGAGGACAGGCAUCAAUCCUUGUGUUGAAUUGGAUGUACAGUGGAGGUAUGUAUACUCCAUGUCUCAUACAUGAAACACAAUCUGAGCAAAUGUUUAAAUCAUUUGUAAAAAACAUUCCCUUUGUCUUUUUACUUGAAGGAAUAGUUCACACAAGAAUGAAAAUCUGCUGAACAUUUACUCACCCU